UUCUCUCCCUUGAACUCUAGGGUUUUAUCAAGUUAAUUUCUGGGUUAAUCUCCUCCUCCUAGAAAACCUCAUUUCUGGGCUCUGGCUUUGGGAAUUAUUCAAUAGUGCAAUAAUCUCUCUCUCUCUCUCUCUCUCUCUCUAUAUAUAUAUAUAUAGUGGGUUUUCUUCUUUCUUUCUUUCCUUUUUUUUUUUCUCAAGUAGUUUUGAGCUUGAAAGUGUUUGUUUCUAGAGGGUGGUUGGUUACUACACUUUUUUUUUUACCACUUUUCAGUCAAAUUUAGUAGCUUUAAAGUAUCCUAGCUAGUAGGGUUUUCUAGUGCUAGUUUUUGUGUUUUAGCAAUCUUCCUUGUAAACUUUAGUAAAGGCUUUUCAGCUUACUACUCCUGCCAGAUUCGGUACACUCUGAUAAUUUGUACUUGGCCUCUCUUCAACUCAAUCUAGCAGAAAACUUUAUCAAAUGGCUCCAUCUGGUAGAAUAAGAAGAACCACAAGACCAACCAGAAGGCAGCCAAGAAGAAACCAUUUCAAGAAGCGGCUUCCACACUCCAAGACUAAUCAAGAAGCAAUUAUUAUAUCAAGGAAUUUGCCUUCUUCCAACUCUUCCUCCACCACCAUCUCUGAUGACAUAGAAAUCCCUUCAAGCGGCUGCUGCACACCAAAAGCUCAGAGAUUCCGGAUACCGGAGAUUUCGACGUGCCCGCCGGCCCCGAAGAAGCAAAGAUUAGUGUCAAAUUGCUCGUUGCAAAGAUCUCCCAUUGCAUUCUUUGCUCCUCCAGACUUAGAGCUUUUCUUCUUCUUUGCACUUCAAGAUAUUUCGGUUUGACCACAUAUAUCUAUAUAUGUGUGUUUAUAGAAAAUAUUAUGAAGACCAUUUCACCAAUUUAACUAAGAGGUGAUCUUCAAAGAAGUUGUUUUAGUUUAGUUUGUGUUUUUCCAUCUUCAUGAGAAUUUGGGAUUUUGAUUGAGUGAUCUUUGGAAACAGUUGUUAGCUUUGUUUUUCCCUUUAAUUUGCUACUGUUUUCAAAUUUGUAGGGCAUACUAAUCACUAAAUUUAGCUGGUGUUUACCAACUAAAUUUAUCCUUUAUACCUACUUUCCCUUUUUUAUUUUAUUUUUUUUAUUCCCUUUUCUAUGUAUUGCUGACCCCUCUAGAGUUUGGUGAGUGCAAUGUAAUGGGUGGGAUUUCAUGAGGUUUGUGAGUGUGUUUAGCUUGCAAUUAUAUCAGCUUUUGUGUGUUAAUUAAGUCAACCUGAAUUAGUAAAGAGCCAUAGACUUCUUUA